UCAGGACAAGCUAUGACGUGAUUUCCUGGUGGCGGCGGUGGGCGCGUGGUACUGCAGUUUCGUGGAGCGGUGAGUGUGCGAGAGGAGAUCCCGACAUGGGCUGCAUCGCGGCGACAUGAGCCUGUCCUUCAGAUCACUUGCACAUGCCUAAAUUCACUCGCGGUUACUGCAGAUCAGUGGGGGUGCUUAUUGUUAACCAGAGUAUAGCGAUAACAGGGCUGUUAACGCUACCCACAAUUUUACUGCGUCGGGAGUGAGAGGGUCUAUCAAUAUCAUCGAGCAUGGCGGAAAGAAGUGGCCGACUGAGCUUCCCUGGGAGCGGGGCACUAAAUCGACCCGUGCCUAUGAACCUGUUCGCAACUUGGGAAAUAGACGGAUCUUCGCCAAGUUGCAUCCCAAGGCUCUGCAGCCUCACACUGAAGAAGCUGGUUGUGAUGAAGGAGUUGGACAAGGAACUCAUAUCUGUAGUUAUCGCCGUCAAGAUCCAGGGCUCCAAGCGGAUCCUGCGCUCUCAUGAGAUAGUGCUGCCCCCUACAGGAUCCAUUGAGACGGACCUAGCCCUCACCUUCUCCCUGCAGUACCCACACUUCCUGAAGAGGGAGGGCAAUAAGCUGCAGAUCAUGCUCCAGAGAAGAAAGCGCUAUAAGAAUCGCACCAUCCUGGGCUACAAGACGCUUGCAGUUGGAAACAUAGACAUGGCCGAGGUGAUGCAGCAUCCCCAUGAGGGUGGCCAGGUGUUGGCUCUGUGCGGUAGUCAGAAGGAGCUGAUGGGGAAGGUGGCCGAGAUCUGGAUCUUCUCUCUGUCCAGCCAGCCCAUUGACCACGAGGACGGGGCCCUGCCCCCUGGGGCCAAGAUUAAGUGCUCAGAUAAUUACUCAGAGGAAGAGUAUGAGAGUUUCUCCUCUGAACAAGAGGCCAGCGAUGAUGCAGUCCAGGGUCAGGACCUGGAGGAUGAUGAGUAUGACAUGAGAAAACCCAAGAAACAGAGGAGGUCUAUAGUGAGAACUGCAUCUAUAACCAGACAGCAGAACUUUAAGCAGCGGGUUGUGGCUUUGCUGAAGAGGUUCAGAGUAUCAGAUGAGGUGCUGGACUCUGAGCAGGACCCAGCCGAGCCUCCUCCUGAGGUGGAGGAGGAUCUGGACCUGGAGAGCCUGGAGUUUGAGAACCCCAGCGAUAGCUGCCCUGAGCUGGACGACGACGACAGCGUGCUUAGCACCCCCAAACCCAAACUCAAGCCAUACUUUGAAGGCCUGUCUCUCUCAAGCUCUCAGACUGAGAUUGGCAGCAUCCACAGCAGUCGGAGUCAUAGAGAGCCACCCAGCCCAGUGAGUAUGGAUGGUGACAAAAUCAAGCCUGGAGCUGCGAAAUUCCACAUCGAUGACACGCCAGAUAACGUCUCGUUCGAACAUCCUGAGGCUGUGACCCCCACCACAGAGCUGGAGAUGGACAACAUGGACACGUUCAUGGAGAAGCUGCCACCCAUCGGCAGAAUGACCAAGACUGAGUCUCUUAUCAUCCCCUCCACCAGGCAGGAGCCGAAGCUCGUGGGCCGCAGGGGCCGCAGCACCUCUCUGAAAGAGCGGCAGCCCAGUCGGCCGCAGAACGAGCGUGCCAACAGCCUGGACAACGAGCGUGCCCUGGACACGCGGCUCCACCUGCAGACUUGCAUUGGAUACCUUUCCAAGAUCCCUCGUAAAACGGUGUAUGAUCAACUCAACCACAUCCUGGUGUCUGAUGACCAUCUGCCUGAUAGCAUCAUCCUCGUCAACACCUCAGACUGGCAAGGCCAGUACCUGGCAGACAUGUUACAGAACCACAACCUACCUGUGGUCUGCACCUGCACCACCGCCGACAUCCAGGCCGCCUUCAACACCAUCGUCUCCCGGAUCCAGAGAUUCUGCAACUGUAACUCCCAAACUCCAGUGCCCAUUAAGAUUGCAGUGGCCGGUGCUCAGCAUUAUCUCAGUGUAGUUCUGCGGCUGUUUGUGGACCAUCUCUCGCACAAGACCCCCGACUGGCUCGGCUACAUGCGGUUCCUCAUCAUACCCCUUGGGGCACAUCCCGUGUCUAAGUACCUGGGCUCCAUAGACUACAGGUAUAACAGCCUGUUCCAGGACACCGCCUGGAGAGACCUGUUCCAUAAACCAGAGGCGCCUAUCAUACCCCAAGACAGCCUGGACGUGGUGUCCAGGAUAACCCAGUACAUGGCAGGGGCCAACGGAGCCCACCAGCUGCCCAUCGCAGAGGCCAUGCUUACCUACAAGCAGAAGAGGAAAAAGAGCUUUCAUUUUGAUUUUGCAGUAAGCCCAGACGAAGACUCCUGUCAGAAAUUUAUUCCUUUCAUUGGGAUGGUUAAAGUUGGGAUUGUGGAGCAGUCGUCUGCCACAUCAGGGGAUUCUGAUGAUGCUGCUCCAGUGGGCUCGGUUCUCCUCUCCUCCACUCCUCCACAGGUCUCCCCCGCUUUCAAAGAGGCCUCCCCGACUCCCCCCUCAUCACCGUCUGUCACCACCGGCUUCUAUAGUUCCCCAGGUGGAGGGCAGGGGGAGCCGAUGGGUCUGCAGGUGGACUACUGGGUGGCACCGACGGAGCGCAAACGUGAAGUGGAGAAGCGGGACUCCUCCUCCAAGAACACCCUCAAGUGCACCUUCCGCUCGCUGCAGGUCAGCAGGCUGCCACUAGGUGGCGGUGACUGGGGCCCGCAGAACACCAUGGCCAUGACCGUGGUCACCCAGGAGAAGAACAAGAAAGUCAUGUUCCUGCCCAAAAAGUCCCGAGACAAAGAGGCGGAGUCCAAGAGCCAGGUCAUCGAGGGCAUCAGUCGCCUCAUCUGCACUGCCAAACAACAGCAGACCAUGCUGAGGGUUUUGAUUGACGGAGUGGAGUGGAACGACGUCAAAUUCUUCCAGCUGGCAGCGCAGUGGUCCUCUCAUGUCAAACACUUUCCUCUUGCCAUAUUUGGACACUCCAAGGGCCCUUACUAGUCCCCCCCACCCCCACCCCUAAAACAGCACCUCCCCCCCCCCCCCCCCCCACCCCUUACUCCCCCAAAUUUAACCUAGCCCCAUUGCACAAAUACACACACACACUUGCAUACCAGGGACUAUGGACGUCACAAACCCUACUCUCAUGGAGAUUCAAGACCUCUGCCGUGUGCCAAUGCCCUACCCCCCCCCCCCCCCCCCCCCCAUACCCAUCCAGCCUUGCAUCCCGACAUCUUACAGAAGUAUCGGUUUUCAUAAUUUUGAGACUCUAUUUGUUUUUGUUUUUGUGUGAGGCUUUUUUUUACCUGAAGGACUGCUUAAAAACCAGGUAGACACAGAGUGUUCUACCUCACCUGUUGUUUUUGUUUACCUGAAGGACUGCUUAAAAACCAGGUAGACACAGAUUGGUCUAGCUCACUUGUUGUUUUUGUUUUUAAACACUACCCCACUGUUGUUUUCUGCAAGGUGGAUAAACAGAUACCUAAUGAGAAAAUAAUUAUUUAAAAUGAUUAACCCUCUUCCCCGCCCAAACUAAUUUGUGUGUAAGCUUUUUUGCUGCAUUUGACUUCAACAUCCGACUAAAGAAUGUGUCUUGGAUUCUUCUGUCAGUGCAGUUUAGCAAAAUUACAACUCUGUUCAAACGCCCAAUAUCAUCCCGUCCAAGGAAGUUCAAGAAUGGAUGGAUGGAUGGAGAGAGAAAAGAAAGGUGAAAAAGAGAAGGGACAUUUGGAUGUAAGGAAUGGGUUUGUAACUAUUCCCAUUGAUGUUCUAAAAACUGAAAUAGUUUGCCACCACAUAAACACAACCUGCAUUGUCAAACAAGUCCUCUAGUUGGAAAAUGAAUGAAUUUGUUUAGCAAUAGACAGUGAUGUAAAUACAUAAACAGAUAAUGAAUGAUGAGGUGAUCCUGCAUUAAUGGCUGAAUGUCUCACCUACUAUCCUACUUCAACAUCUCACUGAUACACAGACUUAUGCUGUUGUAUUGGUGAAAUUAUCCUAACAUCAUGGCUAAUAUCAAAUGCAAACUUCCCCCUCUGUUCUGGUCUCUUCUUUCUCCCUGUGCCCUACUCUGUCCUUCUGUCUCUCACCCCACCUGGAUCUUUCUCUCUCUUUCUCUUUUCAGAGUGCGGAUGCAGUUUGUUUCUGACACCAUAUCGGCCUCAUAGUCUCUCCUGUCUUUCACUUUCCAUCUGUCCAUCUCUACCAACUCUCUCUCUCUCUCUCUCUCUCUCUCUCUCUCUCAUUCGAUCACUAUCCUUCCGUCUCUACAUGCACUGACCCCAUGCCACCACUCCUUGUCCCUAAAGUGACCCUUGAGGUCACUGAUGACCUGCACUCUGAAAGCCGCCUUGUUUUUAUGUUUUUAAUUGUUUAAUUGAUUUUUUUCUUUUAAUGAAUUAACGUGUGUUGUCUACUUCUCACGGCGCUCAUGGGUGAAUGUAUACUCAGAAGGUACCCAAAGCUUAAGCACUUUUAAAAAAAUGAAAUGAUGAUGUCCUCAGUUUUUAAUAGGUGUGUACUUUUUGUUUGUUUGCUCCCUUUGUUAAUGGUGCAGUUGAGCUUCUGACCUGUUUCUCUUCGACAGACAGACAGACUGACAGACAAGACGGUAGACACGCACACAGAUAUAACAGAUGUGCUGUCCGAGGCACACGCAGCCUUGUGGCCACUAACUGGUCUGCACGUCGCUUAAAAGCCAUAAAGCUGUCCCCUGCACUUUCGUUCAUUUUAACGCAACCUUUCCCGAUUCAUCCGUCACCAGUCAGUAUGCAGAACAAGCUGUCCUAGGCAUUCGUGGGAUGCACCAGUUACAGUAUUUGGCCUUAGGAAUAGGUGCCUGUAGACCUUCUAACAUUGUAGCAAAGAUGAUGAGGGCCGCAAGCUAAGAAUAGCCUACUGUAGAUUGUAGCUCUGUCCUGAAAGGAUUACUGUUUGCAUUCACAUUUAGUUGAAAAGCUACCACUGCAACAGUGCUCACUGUGUUAUUUAUUUGUUUGUGUUGCUUUUAGGGUAAAUGUUUCCUAUAUUCAAAUGUGCCUCAGCUGUCCUCUAAUUGACCAAAUGAAAUGGAAAUCGCCCCGCCCUGCCCUUCAUGUAGAACAAUGUAUGUAAAUUGUCUUUUAACCUAUGAGCAGCUUCCAUUGGUUAGCUUGUAAUCGACAGUGUGUGAGUGUAACCCAUAUGAGGAUGCAGAUUAUGGCAACCUUUAUGGUGUUGCUGUGUUGUAGGGUGCUGAAAUUCAGCCCAGCAUAUCCACUGAAAUGAUGAUUAAUGCAAAGAAAGAGUAUGUGUGAGGAGGCCAACGUCUGUGUUAUCACCACUCGUACUCUCUCUUCUUUUGAUUCUUUUCUGACCGAGUUUAGCUGCCUCAAGUCAAGGCUGUUCUCCUGCUAACUGGAAUAUGCCAUUUAAAAAAAAAAAAACAUCAGUUGUGAUUGUGGGGUGACUGUUUUGAGAAUUCAGUGUUUCGAAUGAGUUGAAUAAAUAUGCC